CAUCCCAACCAUCACACCAGCCAUCAAAAAUGCCCGUCGUCAAGGGAGGCGUGUGGACAAACAUUGAGGACGAGAUCCUCAAGGCGUCCGUCAGCAAAUAUGGGCUGAACCAGUGGGCGCGUGUGUCGUCGCUGCUGGCGCGCAAGACACCAAAGCAGUGCAAGGCCCGCUGGAACGAAUGGCUCGACCCCAGCAUCAAGAAGAUCGAAUGGAGCAAAGAGGAGGAUGAGAAGCUGCUGCACCUCGCCAAGUUGAUGCCCACUCAAUGGCGCACUAUUGCCCCGAUCGUUGGCCGCACCGCCAACCAGUGCCUGGAGCGAUACCAGCGCCUCCUCGACGAAGCCGAGCAGAGGGAAGCGUCCUCCUUGGGGCUCACAGGCCCUGAGGGCGGCGAAACCAAAGCACCCACCGCCGAUGAUGUCCGCCGCUUGCGCCCGGGCGAGGUCGACCCCGAUCCCGAGACGAAGCCCGCCCGACCCGACACGAUCGAUCUUGAUGAGGACGAGAAGGAGAUGCUGAGCGAGGCCCGCGCCCGCUUGGCCAACACACAGGGCAAGAAGGCGAAGCGGAAAGCUCGUGAGCGGCAGCAGGAGGAGUCACGACGGCUGGCAGCUCUGCAGAAGCGGCGAGAGCUCAAGACGGCCGGCAUCAACAUCAAGGUCACGACGCGCAAGAAGGGGCAGAUGGACUAUAAUGCGGACAUUCCCUUCGAAAAGAAGCCCGUGCCUGGGUUUUACGACACGACCGAGGAGAUCUCGCGCAACGAGUUUCAGCGGACUCAUUUCGAUCCCAAGAAGCAGCAGGUCGGUAACAAACGCAAGGGCGAGGAGGACGGCGAUGCCGACCGGAAGCGGAGGAAAAACGAGAAGGAUGGGCCCUCCGCGUCGCUGCAGGCUGCUCUCAAGGCUGGCCAGAUGCAAAGGCUUCGCGAGGCGGAGCAGAGCAGCAAACGCAAAACCCUGGUACUCCCUGCGCCACAGGUCAGCGAGGGCGAGCUGGAAGAGAUCGUCAAGAUGGGCAUGAUGGGCGAGCGGGCGGCCGCCAUGGCGCGUGAAAGCGACAACGACGCCACCCGCGGGCUGGUAGGCAACUAUGCAGCGCUCAACACAAACGCGCCAAUCAGGACACCGCUUGCGCCUGCGCAGGAGGACCAUAUCGCUAAUGAGAUCCGCAACAUCCGGGCGUUGACGGAGACUCAGUCAUCCCUUCUCGGCGGGGAGAACACGCCUCUCCACGAGGGAGCAGGGUCGACCGGGUUCGAUUCAGUCGCACCCCGGAAGCAUGUCGUGGCCACGCCCAACCCGCUCGCAACGCCCCUGAGGCCGGCUGCAAAUGGUGUCGGCGCCACACCACUCCGGGUUGGACAGACCCCGCUGCGAACACCGCGGGACACCUUCUCCCUGAAUGCCGCCGAUAGAGAUAUGGACAUGGUUGGAGGCACGCCAGCAGACGCGAGGAUGCGGGAGCUCUCCAUUCGUCACCAGCUCAAGCAGCGCCUUGCUGCAUUGCCAAAGCCGAAGGAGACUGAGUGGGAACUGGAGCUGCCGGAGGAGCAACAGGUGCCCAUGACGGCCGAGCAGCUUGAGGAAGACGCCGCAGAGCGUGACCGCAGAGCCCGGGAGAUCCGCGAGGCGCAGGAACUCCUGGAGCGCAAGCGGCGGACGCAGGUGAUGCAGCGGAAUCUGCCUCGAGCUGUGUCGGUCGAUUACGCCGCGUUACUGCGAGCCGCAUCCGAGGUCGAAGACGCGGCCCAGGCACUCGUCGCCAGGGAAGCUGCGCUGCUAAUGGCACACGACGCGACAAAGUACCCCGUCCCUGGUGCACCUCUGGCCACGAAGCCAGUCGACCUGCCCCAGAUCGACGACAUGGCCCUCGCAGAAGCCCGUCUCCAGGUCCUCCUCGAGAUGAAGGACAAGCCCAAGCCCGAGGCGGUGGAAGCCGUCUGGAACAAGGAAAACACCAACUCGCUGCUCCUCGGCCUGGGCUGCUACGACUCGGACGACGAGGAAGAUCAGAUUUCAAUCAUGAAAUCCGCAUUGGAUUCUGCACUCGAUUCACUCAUCGCUUCAGCCGAAAAAGGCAACAAGCUCGAAAAGAAACUGAACCUGCACCUCGGCGGGUACAAGAACCGCGCCGAGAUCCUGCGCACCAAGGUCGGCGAGGCGCACGCCGCUCUGGAGAAAGCGCGUAACGCCCUCAGCGGGUUCAGGGUCCUGCAGGCCAGCGAGCAGGCGGCUAUCCAGCGGCGGCUGGCGGCCCUGCGGGCUGAGGUGGCAUUUAUGAGUACGAGAGAAAGGGAGGCGCAAGAGCUGUAUCGUACGGUCAGGGGCGAGUUGGAGGAGUUGAGCAUUGGGUUUGAUAGCCGAUUGUAAGGGGGUGUGUUAUUUGGGAGGUAGAAGGAUGGAUGGUUGGGUUGGCGUUCGGGGAGUAGCGAGUCACAAAUUGUCUUUGCGGUGUGCCCAGACAGAUGGAAGGAACUGGUGGAAGCGAUGUCCGCGAGUCCAUCACUGAUAAGCAGGAUGUUGUCUUCUCCAACGGGCGGUGGAAGCUCCGGUGCGGCCGUGCGAGGUUCAAGAGUGAGCAACAUCUCCCAUAGGGAAGUCGUGGACAAUACAACACACAAAACAAUAUUACAAC